CUGUGUCCAAACACCUGGGUGGGUUUCUGCAAGAUGGGCAUGGCGCUCUCACCUGACGGCCGCUGCAAGACCUUCGAUGAGUCCGCGAACGGUUUCACGCGAACUGACGGCGCGGGGUCGCUGAUCUUGGAGUUGGCCGCCGCUGCAAGUAAGGCUGGAAGGCAGGAAGUGGCGACCGCUCUUGGGGUCUGCGUGAACCAGGAUGGCCGCAGCGCUACCAUCACCGCACCCUCUGGACCAGCCCAGCAGCGAUGCAUCAACGCCUCGCUGCAGGAAGCUUCGGUGAAAGCUUUGGAGGUGUCGCUGGUGGAAGUUCAUGGCACCGGCACCUCUCUUGGCGAUCCGAUUGAGGUUGGCGGUAUGAAGAGCACUUUGGGCAAAAGCCGCAUGGAAGACUCGCCGCUGAUUCUCGCUGCCACGAAGUCAAUCAUCGGGCACACAGAAGGCUCUGCUGGCGUGGCCGGCCUCAUCAAAAUGGUCGGGGAGUUUAAUCACAGGAUCGUGCCAAAGAAUUUGCACUUGAAGACGAUGAAUCCAAACAUUGAUCUGACCGAUUUCCCCGUGAUCAUGCCAAGCAGCAUUAUCGAUUGGAAGGGCUCCCGUGCCGUUGCCGGCACAUCCUCCUUUGGCUUCUCUGGUACGAACAGCCAUGGUACGUUGGAAGCACCAUCGGGAGGUGAAGGCAAAGAUGUGAUCUUGGAGCGGCCAGAGAAACUGAGGUGGAACAAGACGUACCAUAAGAUGUACCAUGACUGGUCGCAAGGCCUUUGGUUUUCCUGUGAGUGGAGACCGUCUCCAUUGGCAGGUCCCAAGUCUCAGGCUUUGCCUUGCCUGGUUAUUGGAGGCGGACCCUUCGCCGAGGCGUUCCGAGAUCUCGUCGGCGCAGACAACUGCGACCUACAGCCUGCAAAGGCAGAUACUAUGGGAACAGCGCUGAAGAGCAAGGCCUGGAAGGCGGUUGUCUUUGCAGAGAUGUUGGUUGCAGACGAUCCCACAGCAGAGGGCCCCGCGAUGGCAGCCAUGCUCAGUGCAGCUCAGUCAGCUGCAUCCCUGGGUGGUCUUCGCUUUUCCGUGCUCACCGCCGGUUCCCAGGAAGCCGAAGCUUCCGGAGAGGGCAUCGGUCGAGGCCUUCUCGGCGCAGCGGCCUGGGGCUUCAUGCGCUCGAUGCCGCUUGAGGCCACGGGGGUUGUGCUGAACAUGGUCUACAAAUAG